GAACCAGUUCCAAAAUGGCGGAAGAAUCUCCAGCUCUUUGGUGAUCACGUGUAAGAGAGUGUUAGAGUACAAACAACAUUUUAGUCAGAGAUCUUUGUUAGUUAGCAGACCAUGGAUCCGGCAAAAGCACAGAUGGUUGCAGAACUCGAAAUUGAAAUGAUGACAGACUUGUACAACCGAUUAACAGUUGCAUGUCAAAAGAAGUGUAUAUCACCCAAGUACAAAGAAGGUGAUCUAACCAAAGGAGAAUCAGUUUGCUUGGAUCGCUGUGUUGCAAAAUAUUUGGAGAUUCACGACAGGAUUGGCAAGAAACUGACUUCUAUGUCCAUGCAGGAUGAAAAACUAAUGACUCAGCUUCAAGGACAGCAGGCAGGGCAAGCAGGGAAUUGACUUGUGAUUAAAUGAGGUCAAAAUAUCGUUAAAUGCUAAUAGGAAAGAAGCACGCUUGAAAUCACUUCUUGUCAAAGAUCUUUGGACUUGAGGACACUGCUGACACAAUCUUUCAAGUUGUCUUUUUUUUAUACACUUCUGGCAGAGGUCUGCGUAAUUAUCCAGUGCAAAAUUCUUCAGAAUGCUUGGAAAUGUGGUGAUUAUGUUGUGUAACUUCUGCCUUCAGUUUUAUAAAAGAAAAUAGAAAACUACCAUUUUCGUGAUCGUGUGUGAUUUCGUUCCAAUUUAGCCAACAAUAUUCCCUGUUGGGAUAUUUUGGACAGAUGUUUGUUGAAUUCAAAAUUAGCUCGAUUACCACUCUCUGUCCAGGAAAGGAGCCUGUGCUAGUAGACUGGGCUCAAGAGACCGCCGGAUAUCGAGCCUGAAAACAGAAAUAAGAGUGUUUCUUUUAUUAUUAUUUCUUCAAGUGUACUUUGACAGCUAAAAAUAGUGGCGUUUCAUGAUGAACACCCUUUAUUUGAAUCUUUCCCAUCUUUCCCAAAAAAGCUGCUGUCUCUAAAAUGAGUGCUGCUUGACAAGUUUGUACUCUUUUUCAGUGAUCUUUGAGGUUCUGUGCAUAUAACUCUGUGAUAUGACCAGCGUGCCCACCGCCUCCAAAUUUUUUGCUUCUGGAGAUGCGUAUAAGCGUUCGAUAUAAAAGAUUCGUCUGAAGAAGACAAUCCA